CGUCAUUCUGACGACGUGGAAAACAUGGAAGCUAGUGGGGAGUCUGCUGUGAAAUCACUUUUAAGUGAUGAAUGCUACGCGGAUUUCUUGAAGGAGGAUUUUGAUGUGAAGACGUAUACAGCUCAAGCUAUUCACCAUGCUGUCAUUGCCGAACAACUGGCUAAACUGGCCGAGGGAAUCAGUCAGCUGGACAAGGAGUUGCACUGUCAGGUGGUUGCUAGACAUGAGGACCUUUUGGCUCAGGCAACAGGCAUUGAAUCACUGGAAGGUGUCCUGCAAAUGAUGCAGACGAGGAUUGCUGCACUACAGAGCGCGGUGGAUCGGAUAAGGACCAAAAUCGUUGACCCCUAUAAUAAGAUAGUGGCCCGCACAGCACAGCUGGCAAGAUUACAGGUGGCCUGUGACCUGCUGAGGCGGAUCAUCCGUAUCCUGUACCUCAGCAAGCGUCUGCAAGGGCAGCUGCAGGGCGGCAGCCGGGAGAUCACCAAGGCAGCGCAGAGCCUCAACGAGCUCGACUAUCUGUCCCAGGGAGUGGACCUGUCUGGCAUCGAUGUGAUCGAGAACGACCUGCUGUUCAUCAGCCGGGCCCGACUGGAGGUGGAGAACCAGGCCAAGAGGCUUCUGGAGCAGGGCAUGGAGAUCCAGAAUCCAACGCAGGUGGGAACGGCUCUGCAGGUGUUCUACAAUCUGGGCAGCCUCAGGGAGACCAUCAGUGGGGUGGUGGACGGAUACCGGGCAUCCGUGAAGGACAACGUGACCAAUGCCCUGGACAUCAAGGUCCUCACCCAGCCAGCUACCAAUCGAGGGGCACCGGGCAGGGCAGUGAUGCCGACCCCGGGGAACACGGCGGCCUUCAGAGCGGCUCUCUGGACCAACCUGGAGAAGCUCAUGGACCAAAUCUAUGCAGCCUGUGGCCAGGUCCAGCAUCUCCAGAAGGUCCUGACCAAGAAGAGGGAUCCCGUCACUCAUGUCUGUUUCAUCGAUGAGAUCAUCAAGGAUGGACAGCCGGACAUCUUGUACACCUUCUGGAAUUCGGUGACCGGAACGCUGUCGGUGGAGUUCCAGAAAGCCACCGCUGACUCUACCUUCCUGAAGCAGGCACUGGAGGGCGAGUACCCAAAGUUACUGCGGCUGUACAACGAGUUGUGGAAGCGCCUGCAGCAGUACAACACCAACAUCCAGGGGGCGUUCUCCACCCAGGGAGGGCUUGAGCUGUCCAUGGACCUGCCCACCUCGGAGACCGACUCCAAGGACCUCUUCACCCAGACCAAGCAGGACUACGACCCAGAGAAAGCUCUGAAGGACUCUCUCCAGCCUUAUGAGGCUGCCUACCUCUCCAAGUCCCUGUCACGCCUCUUUGACCCCAUCAACCUCGUCUUCCCACAGGGGGGGCGCAACCCCCCCUCCAACGACGAGCUGGACAGCAUCAUCAAGACCAUAGCCAGUGAGCUGAACGUGGCCUCUGUGGAUCCUAGUCUGACCAUGGCUGUGGCCAGGAACUCCGCCAAGACGGUGCAGCUCUUCUGUGUGAAGUGCGAGCAGCUGCUCAGUACCCAGGGAGAAGCCAGCCAGGUGAUUGGCCCCCUGACUGACGGCCAGAGGAGGAACGUGGGCGUGGUCAACUCCCUGUAUCGGCUCCAGCAGGCUGUGGCCAAGGUUAUAUCCAGUCAAACUGCAUUCCCACCUGCUGCAGAACAAGCUCUCACUGCAUCUCUGGAGGGGGUGCAUAGCCUGAUGGUCAACGCAGUCCAGCCUCUGCUGCUGUCCGUGAGCGACUCCAUAGAAGCCAUCCUUAUCACCCUGCACCAGGAGGACUUUUCUGUGCCCCUCUCUGCGCCAGGACGUCCAGACGUGCCUUGCUCUCUCUACAUGAGGGAGCUGCAGGGCUUUGUGGCGCGCUGCAUGAGCGACUACCUGCGCCACUUCCAGUGUCUGGACUUCAUCUACGACAACACGGAGGCCAUCGCCCGCCGCGCCAUCCACCUCUUCAUCCGCAACGCCAGCCUGCUGCGGCCACUCGGAGAGGGUGGCAAGAUGAGGUUGGCCGCGGACUUUGCCCAGAUGGAGUUGGCCGUGGCCCCCAUGUGCAGGCGCGUGUCAGACCUGGGGAAGCCGUAUCGUCUGCUGCGCUCCUUCAGGCCACUGCUCUUCCAGACCAACGAGCUGAUCGCCAGCAGUCAGGCUCUGGGCGAUGUCAUCCCCUACAGCUGCAUCCUGCACUUCCUGUUCACGCGCGCGCCCCCUGAGCUCAAGUCACCACAUCAGAGAGCCGAGUGGUCCAUCGCCCGCUACUCCCAGUGGCUGGACGACCACCCCUCCGAGAAGGACCGCCUCACCCUCAUCAGGGGGGCUCUGGAGGCCUAUGUCCAGUCGGUGAAGGCGAGGCAGGGGAAGGAGUUUGCACCCGUGUAUCCCAUCAUGCUUCAGCUGCUCCAGAGAGCCACCAGUGGCGUGAAGGAGACCUGACCAGCCAAUGGAGCUCAUCCAUAUUAACAUCAAGGCGUUUCAUGAUACCUACAAAUCAACGCAAAAACACUGCUAAACAUUUCUUUUGUAAUCAGUCUAAAUCAUAUUGCUUCUGUGAAUCUGUAAUUAGAGCACAGUUUACAGGCCGCAUUUGGGAAUUUUUUGUUGUCUCUGAAUCAGUGUACUAAUAUGAUUUCAACUAUCGACUCAAAGAACUGUGUAGGUAUGUGGCGUUCCAUCUCUUCACGGUAAAAUUAUUGUCUCUUGGUAUAUAGCUUCUCGUUCUUUCUUCUGUAGUUAUAUAGAGAAAAUUAUGAAAGGUCAGGUUUAAGAUCAGGUUUUUUUUUAUUUAUUUUCAUUUCCUUGUACUUCUUUAAUUCAUUAUCUGGGAGGGGAGGGCACUGUAAUAUAUUAAACUAUGAAAAACUCUCAUUUGA